UUUCACUUCUUAACAUAGGUUUUUGAGUUUCAACUAUGGAACAAAAUCGUGUUCAGUUUCUUGAGAACAAGACCUUGCUCGUCACUGGCGCUUCCGGUUUCCUGGCUAAAGUCUUCGUGGAGCGAGUUCUGAGUUUGCAACCAAACGUGAAAAGGCUUUACCUCCUCGUAAGAGCAUCUGACAAUAGCUCCGCGGAACAACGGUUACACAAUGAGGUUUUCGAGAAAGAUUUGUUUAAGGUGCUAAGAAAGAAUAUUGGUGACAAAAGUUUAAACGCCUUGAUAUCGGAAAAAGUUGUUCCUGUUCCAGGCGACGUAUCAUUAAACAAUAUGGGAGUGAGUGAUUCCAAUCUUGUACAAGAUAUGAUGCAAGAGAUUGACAUUGUUUUCCAUGCAGCUGCCACCACGAGAUUCGACGAGAGCUACGAUGUAGCACUUCGGAUCAACACAUUUGGAGCACUCAAUGUCCUUAACUUUGCUAAGAAGUGUGUAAAAGUACAACUGCUUCUCCAUGUCUCAACUGCUUAUGUUUGUGGGGGAAAAUCGGGCCUUAUACAAGAGAUACCUUUUGCAAUGGGAGAAACUCUUCACGGCAAAAACAAGGUAGAUAUCAAUACCGAAAUGCAACUGGUAGAGCAGAGACUGAAACAACUCGUUGAACAAGGUUGUUCAGAAGAAGAAACUAAAAAUGCCAUGAGAGAUCUUGGGUUGAAAAGGGCAAAACAUUUUGGACUGCCAAACACAUAUGCCUUCACCAAAGUAAUGGGAGAGAUGCUUGUUGGACACUAUAGAGAAAAAAUGCCUAUUGUAAUAAUACGUCCCACAAUGAUCACAAGCACUUUCUCAGACCCAUUUCCCGGUUGGAUUGAAGGCCUCAAAACCGUAGACACUGUGAUUGUAUCAUACGGGAAGGGAAUGCUCAAGUGUUUUCUCGUUGAUCAAAAAACAGCAUGUGAUAUUAUACCCGUCGACAUGGUGGCAAAUGCAAUGAUCGCGACAGCAGCUGAACACUACCAUGAUUCAGGAAGCCAUACCGUUUACCACGUGGCCUCAUCUUACCGGAAUCCAAUAAUGUAUAAGCAAAUUAAAGAAAUUAGUUUUCGUUAUUUCAAGAAAAGCCCUCUGCUCGGUCGCGGUGGUAUGCCUAUAAUCCCAAAAGCUCCAUUAAUGUUAUCCACAAAGUCCAUGUUCCGUCUCUACACGAGCCUUCGCUUUAAAUUACCUUUACAGAUAUUGGGGUUGCUUAGCAUAACUUUCCCAUCGCAAUUUGGAAAUAGUCAUCAGCAUCACAAUCGUAAAUUCAAGAUGGCCAUGAGAUUGGUUAAACUUUACGAGCCUUACCUACUCUUCAAGGGAAUAUUCGAUGAUAAAAACCUGGAAACAUUACGAAUCAAGAAUGAAGCCAAAGAGACGAACGACUUGCCCGGGUUCAGCCCCACAUGCAUUGAUUGGGAAGAGUAUUUUAUCAAUACACAUAUCCCUGGCCUCGUUUCACACGUACUGAAUAAAUAAACUCCAAAUACAAGAAAUAUUGUAUGAAGUCGAAUCAAAAGAUAUUGUAAUAUUGUAGUAUUUAUUAUGUGGGCUAAACAAUAUACAAUAAUUAGUCGAUAUCAUUUCUUAAGAUAAUGUUGUCUUUAUUUUCCUGUCAUUCCACUGUGUUG